CCAUUUGCAUUUUGCAAUCUCCAUCACCUCGAAGCCGUGACCGACCACCAUGGAUGAGGAGUACGAUGUGAUCGUUCUCGGGACGGGUCUCAAGGAAUGCAUUCUCAGCGGCCUCCUCUCUGUGGAUGGUCUCAAGGUCCUACACGUGGACAAGAACGACUACUAUGGAGGCGAAUCAACCUCGCUCAAUCUUAAUCAGCUCUGGAAACGUUUCAGGGGAAAUGACAAUCCUCCAGAAAGUUUGGGACCAAGCAAAGAGUACAACGUUGAUAUGAUUCCUAAGUUCACAAUGGCUAAUGGUGCUCUGGUACGUGUUCUCAUUCACACUGAUGUCACAAAGUAUCUGAACUUCAAGGUUGUAGACGGUAGCUUUGUGUAUAACAAAGGAAAGAUUUAUAAAGUUCCAGCCACUGAUGUUGAAGCACUGAAAUCGCCUUUAAUGGGGCUUUUUGAGAAGCGACGAGCACGAAAGUUCUUCAUUUAUGUCCAAGACUUUGAAGAAAGUGAUCCGAAAUCUCAUGAAGGUUUGGACCUGAACAAAGUUACAGCAAGGGAAGUUAUCUCCAAGUAUGGGCUAGAAGACGACACGAUUGAUUUUAUUGGUCAUGCCUUGGCACUUCAUAUUGAUGACAGUUACAUGGAUAAGCCUGCUCUGGAUUUUGUGAAGAGAAUGAAGCUAUAUGCAGAGUCUUUGGCACGUUUUCAAGGGGGCUCUCCUUAUAUCUAUCCUUUGUAUGGACUUGGAGAAUUACCUCAGGCAUUCGCACGUCUUAGUGCAGUUUAUGGUGGGACUUACAUGCUUAACAAGCCACAUUGUAAGGUAGAGUUUGAUGCAAGUGGGAAAGUCAUCGGUGUCAGUUCUGAAGGAGAAACUGCUAAGUGCAAGAAAGUUGUUUGUGAUCCAUCAUAUUUGCCUGGUAAGGUCAAGAAGGUUGGAAAAGUCGCUCGUGCUAUAUGCAUAAUGAGCCAUCCAAUCCCUGAUACCAAUGAUUCUCACUCAGCUCAAGUCAUUUUGCCGCAGAAGCAGCUUGGUCGUAAAUCAGACAUGUACCUGUUCUGCUGCUCCUAUGCUCACAAUGUAGCUCCACAAGGGAAAUACAUAGCUUUUGUGGCUGCUGAAGCAGAAACUGAUAACCCUCAACAAGAACUAAAACCCGGUAUCGAGUUACUUGGUCCUGUGGAUGAAAUGUUCUUUGAUAUAUACGACCGAUAUGUGCCCACAAACAACCCUGAAGUUGACAACUGCUUUAUAUCAACUAGUUAUGAUGCAUCUACACAUUUUGAGAACACGGUGACGGAUGUGCUUGCGAUGUACAGUAAAAUAACUGGAAAGGUUCUCAAUCUUUCCGUUGACCUGAAUGCUGCGAGUGCUGCCACAGAGCAACAAGCUUCUUGAAAUGCUGCCUUUGCUAUGGCUACCCAGCACGGUGAUCUGAAUUUUUGCUGCAUAAGGCAACCUUUUUGGUUUAUCUUGUCCGUUCAUCUUAUAAUUCAGUAAAACUUGAUAUUCAGAAGCACGUGUAUGUCAUAUUGUUAUUUCACUCCAAUGUUUCUACACAACAACUCAGAAAUAGCAACAUCAUUAGCCGAUGUACGACACUUUGAUCCUGAAGUAGU